CUUCUUUUGAUCUGUAGACUAUAAAGUUCACUUAUGAACUACAAGAUGGCAUCACCAGCUGUUAAGUCUGACAUACUGAACAGUAAAAACUGUGUCAUCUGCUUCAAACCAUUAAUUCAUGGACAGAAUCCUUAUGUGAAGAAUCCAACUCAGGAGGGAUUACAAAAAGUUCUAGAUUGUACCCAGUUGAAUGAUGAUGAGGUCUACAAAUGUCUUCAUGCCCACAAAGAAGAUAUAUUGGAUUUCAAAAUUCAGGUGUCUUAUCAUAAAUUAUGCAGAGCAUCAUACACCACAAAGACAAACAUUAAAGGACCAGAAGCAGGCAGAAAUAGGAAUGAGGCUUCAUCUACACCAUCCAUCUUACGUGGAAGACUAAGUAGGUAGGACACCAUUUCAUUCAAUAUCCAUAGAGAUUGUUUAAUUUGUGGAAAAGAUCGUGUAAGACCAGAGAGCCUUACCUCAAUCACAACUGGCACUGGCAAGAAUACCAGGGACAAAGUGCUUCAUGCAGCAAUAGAGAGAGCAGAUGAACAAGUUCAGCUUCGGAUGCUUGCAUAUCAAGAUCUUUUUGCUUUUGAUGCCAAGUAUCAUCAAAGCUGUCUUGCACAUUACAUCUCCGAUAGAAAUGUGUCUGCAGCUAAACAAAAGAGUCUAAAUAAAAAAAAAUGUCAGCCCAUGACAAGGCCUUCCACGUGCUCAUUGAAGAAAUUGACCAGACAUUGUUAUCUCAGGACAUGGCUGUAACAUCACUGAGCUCCCUCACAGAGAACUUUGAUAACAUCUUAAAAAUGUUCUAUUCUGAUGUGAGUAGUUAUGCUUUGUGGCGGUUGAAGAAGAAGCUUCUGAAUCACUACAAAGACAAACUUGUGUUUCUUGAAUGGCCAGGAAAAUCUGAUUUGGUUUGUUCUACGAAUACGCCGAUUGAAUUUGCUAUGAGUGAGGCUGCUCUAUUAAAAGAAAAGGAGACAAUGGAGAGUGAAGCAGUGCAGGAAGAAUGUCAUCCAACAAUGUCUGAAACUCACAUAUUACACACGGCAGCAUGUGUAUUGAGGAAAACCAUGGCAGAGAUAAAUCAAGACCCUGGCUUUUAUGUGAGUAGUGAAAGCCUCUCUUUUAGUGCAUGUCAGGAUUAUGUACCCAACAUUCUCUAUGACUUUGUGAACUGGUGUGUGGAUACAAAAUCAUACACAACCGCCCAAACAUGUGAAGAGCCUUUAUCAAAGGAAUAUCUUUGUGUUCUUGCAAUCUGCCAAGACAUCAUUUCACAAUGCUGCUGGAUGCACACGCCUCUAACACUAGGUCCAGCCAUUAUGAUACAUCAUGAAUUUGGAAGCAAAGCACUGAUCAAUGAGGUAAAUGCUUUAGGUCACUGUGUUUCAUACACCCAAGUGAGGCAGUUUCUCACAUCUGUGUCUGCUGAUCAAGUCGCAAGGAAUGAAGGCAUCUAUAUUCCCAGUGGCCUCAGUGGAAUCUCAGGCCAUGGUAUGAUUAAUGCUGCAAUUGACAACUUUGAUCAAAAUGAGGACACUCUUGACGGGAAGCAAACCACUCAUGUGAUGGCCACAGUUAUAUACAGAUGAGGUCAGACCACCACAGACGUCCACCAUCUUGCCAGAUUACCACAGAGGUCCCUUUCUGCUUUAACCAGUUAUGAUGGUGAUGGAGAAGAACUUCACAGAUACACACGACCACCCACCAAACCAGACCCUCAAGCCAUACAUGAGCCAUCACAACUUCUGAUUGCAAACAAUGACAUCUCCACACAAGCUGAAAAAAGAGACACUUUAUGGAAGCUGGCCCAGAUCAUCAAGGGGAAAGAACAACAUGUCCCUUCCUGGUCUGCUUUCAAUGCAUUCAUCACAGAUAAGUCACCUCCAGUAGUCACUGUGUGAUACAUGCCUUUCAUAAGAGCUUCGCCAAGUGAUUAUUCGACAGUCUACACAGCACUGAUUUGUCUUACACAACUCUGCUCACAGCUGGGGCAAAAGCAUAAUCUUGUCACCGCUGAUCUUGCCAUUUAUAGCAAAGCCCAAGAAUUCCUGUGGAGCAAGCCACCCUCUCUUCAUGGAAAGGUAACAAUGCGAUUGGGAGGCAUGCACAUCACCAUGGCUUAUCUUGCAAGCAUUGGCAAGCUCUUUGGUGAUCUUGGACUGGUGUCCAUUUUGAUUGAGUCAGAUGUGUAUGGUGAGAACACUGCCCCACAAAUGCUCUAAGGCAAACCGCUAUCAAGGGGAGUAAGAAGCAUGAAGCUCAUCCAAAAAGCACUCUUUCGACUCUUUUGGAAAGCAAUGAUGUCAUGGACAGAACAACAAGGGCAGGAACCAUUAACCUUAAGGUUGGAACUACUACUAAAGGACGUGCAACAUUCAUUCCAUGCAAAAGACAGGGCUUCAACGAAACAACUCAUAAAAGAAAUUGAAGAUCAACACCUUGAUGAAGUUAUGAAAUCAGUUGACAACUUCUCAACAACAGGAAGUAAGUAGUCUGCAAGCUUUGCUUACUGGCUCACAUUCAUGUAAGGAGUGGAUCUGCUGUUAAGAAUGCUGCGGGCAGAGAGAUGCAGACUUUCAACUUCAUUUGAACUGUAUGAUGGAGGUUUUGCCAUGGUUCGGGGCUGCUGGAAGAAACAACUUCUCUAAGCACAUGCCAGUUUAUGUUGAUGAAAUGAAAACACUUCAGCAACAGCAACCAGAAUCAUACAAAUUCCUGCAACAGGGUGGGUUUGUUGCACGGCGGUCUAAUCAUCGGAGCUUCAACUGUGUGGCAACUGAUCAAGCAUUGGAGCAAACAAUUAACCGUGAAGGCAAAAGUGAAGGCAGAGUUGUUGGUCUCACGCUAAAGAAAGGGGAUCUCAUAAGAUGGUUGAUGACCAGGCACGUGACAACCGAAUAUGUGGAUGCAAUGAAAGGACUUUGCAGCAGAAAUGCCCAAGGCCCAUAAACCCACUAAGAGCAUGGAGCCUCCAGAACAAACAGAGAUGAGGAAGACAUACAAAAGAUAAUGGAAAUUGUGCAGGAAAACCAAAACCCCUUUGAUCUGGAUAAUGUUCCUGCAGAGCUUAUUAACAUCAUCACUGGUCAGGUUGCAUCAGAAAAGGUGGCUAAAGGUUUGUCAUGUUUCCUUGAAGAUGCCCAAAACCAAAACCAACUGUUCAUAGAGCAGCACCUUGGCAAGGACACAAGAACUAAGAGUUUCUGGUAACCAGAGAGGAGAAAGUGUGCAGUUACUUUUGCAGACAUGAAAGCACCAGUGUAAAAAUUCAGUCAGAGCAACAUCAGAUGGACUCAGAGGUACUUUUCAGGAGACUUUUAGCAGUUUCGAGCCAGAGAGAUGUGUCCAUGAAGAAAGUGUUCUCUCACGAGUUUGCUGCUCUGCCACCUGCAUUGUUCUAUGAUGAUGGAAGGAUGAGAAAAACCUCCAAAGCUGACCUAGCCAAGAAACUGGAGUCUGUUGUGACAAAUGAGUACCGUUUACCUGAUGUAACAGGACCAUCAGCAUACAUCAUAGAUGGUAUGGCAUUACUUCAGAGUCUGAAUGAAUUUGGAUUUCAAAUAUCCAAUGACCUUGGAGAACGGGUUCUGAAAAAAAUCCUUUCCUUGCUAUUCCUUGCUGGAGAAAAUCAGUUGUGUUACCAUGGUUUUUGAUCAGUAUGACCAUCCAAACUCCAUUAAGCAACAAGAGAGACACAGACGUGGAGCAGUUGGGGAUGGACCAACACAUCUAAUUUCAGGAAAUACAAAAGUGCCAAACUAUAGGAGAUUUCUGACAAGUAGUGGUAACAGUUAUGCUUUCUGCAUUUGUUUGCAAUUACAUCACAAUCUCAGGACCAAUGUAGACUCAAUGAGGACCAGACAAUCGUCUUGGCUGGAGGUUUUGAAAAAGAAGAGACAAAAAGUAUUCAAAAAGACAAAGUGGAGAGCCUACCUGAUUUGAGCAGCGACCAUGAGGAGGCUGACACAAGAAUAGUGCUACUCGCCAUUCAUCUUGCCAAGACACAUGCAAGAGUAUUCAUCAGGUGUGAUGACACUGACGUGCUUGUGCUGCUUUUGUAUUAUGCAGGUUGCAGCAUGUUUGACUCCGCUUUGAUCUUCAUGCACAAAGGCCAUGCUGGCAAAGAGAAGUUUGUGCCAAUCAGUACAAUGUACAAACAGCUGGGGAAAGCCUUCUGCCAGUGCCUUCCAGCAUGCCAUGCACUGACAGGAUGUGACACAAUGAGCAGUUUUUUCAGAAUAGGAAAAACAACUGCUGUCACAAAACUUGAGAGGCACUUGGGAGAGUUGACUGGCUUAAGUCACUUUGGUUUGAGUGGAAACCUGGAGGAUUCAUUGCCUGUGGCCAGACAGUACAUACUGAUUCUGUAUGGUCAAAAGAAAAACGAGAAAGGCAAACAGUGUACCACUCUAGAUGAGUUGCGGUAUGUACUGGCUUCCACCUCCGACAUGCCUGCCUCUCGUCUACCCUCGACAGAGGAUGCAUUUAGGCAGCACGUACUGAGAGCCAUGUACCAAACUGCCAUUUGGUGCCACAGCCAUCACCAUCACCAAAAGUCAGUGCUUUGGAGUCCUGUGGGGAAGGGCUGGGGGUUGAUAGAAGGAAUGAUGGAGCCUGCGAUGUAUGGCAAGCCAGCAGCACCUCAAGAUGUGCGAGACCUGACUCACCUGUACUGCAAGGACAAACAGUGUAGUCAGAGGAAGGGGUGUCCUUGUAUUGCAGCUGGCUUGCCAUGCAUUGAGUUCUGUGCAUGUGACCCUCUAGAGUGCCCCAAUAUAAUUCUGGAUGAAAGCACAAUUGCAUCCUAAAUGUUGGGCAAAUAUCUAUCUGUCAAAACAAAUCUAUCUGUUGCCAAUAUUGACAUACAUCAGCAAUGUAUCUUCAAGAAAACAAAAUAGC